AUGACGUGUAAAGGGUCGGGGCGUUACAGUAUGCUUCAGAUUCUUAAGUCAAAUGAUAGUUCAAAGAAAAUAGGAGGUUCUGUUGUAGGUCAUAAGUAUAUAUGCAGAGAUAGAAGGCAGGGUCAUGAGAGAUUGUUUGCAGAUUAUUUUGCUGCAAUUCCAGUGUAUUCACCUACAAUAUUUCGGAGACGUUUUCGAAUGCGUCGUCCUUUGUAUCUGCUAAUUUUGAAUGCAAUCCAAGCACACAAUUCAUAUUUUGUUCAAAAACAAGAUGCAACUCAUGUAGUUGGAUUAUCUCCCCUACAAAAAAUGACUUCAGCGAUGAGAAUAUUGUCAUAUGGUGUCACAGCAGAUGCAGUUGAUGAUCAUAUUCGUAUCGGGGAAAGCACUACAAUUCAAAGUUUGCAACAAUUUUGUAAUUCAGUGAUUCAAAUCUUUGGACCAGAAUAUCUGAGAUCUCCAACACCAACUGAUGUUGCUAGAUUACUUGCUAUUGGGGAGGUUCGGGAGUUUCCGAGUACUCAGGAAGAAGAUGAAAAUUUUACUCUUUUGUCAUAUGUGAAAGGAAAUGGUACACAGUUUGAUAUUCCUACUUUGGCAAGCAUUAUUGGAGUUGAGAUUUACUGGGACUAA